UAGUUCAAACACAUCAUUUGAAGUAUUUUUUUUUUCUUUUAGAAUAAAUAAUUAGGAUAUUACCGACCUAUUUCAAGUCAAUUCGAAUACAACUAAGUAAUGAGACACCAAAUAUCAUUUCAAAGAUCAACAGUGGAUGGUUGAACUCUGAUGAAAUGUGUGGGGGAGUGAGCUUUGCGGUUUUGUAUUUAUUGGAUUCUCUGACUUCCUCUGCUUCAUUGGUCAGUCAUUUUAGUUGACUUUUCUUUCUUCUUUAUGUCACCUCUCUCUCUCUCUCUUCUUUUACCAUCUUUCCUCUUUCUAUUUUAUGUACUUCUCUGUAAUUUGCAUUUAGACAAAUCUGGAAUUUUGGGAUCAGGUGUUCUUCUCGUUUUAACCCAAAAUCAAAAGGCCAAAACUAAUAUAAUCACUUUAUUACGAUAAACUCACAAUCUUUAGCUCUUACAAUGGUUACCUUAUCGAAAAAUCUCUAAACUCAAUUGUUUUGUUUUAAAGAUUUCUUUGUUCUUCUCGAAGUUGGAAUAUUACCUCAUUUUCGGUAGUUUUUACAGUUGAAUUAAAAAUCUCAAAAGAUGUUAGAACGAAAUUAUUUAGCCAUAUAAAAUUCAUUCUUUUGAAUCAUAUGGAUAUAAAUUAUACUAAUAAAUGUAUAGUUUAUUAUCACAUUAUCACCAAUUAUAUAUAUUAUAUUCAAUACAUUAAUGUUUUCUUUUCCAAAAAUGAGGACAAAACUGAGAAUAAUAAAAAGGAAGGGUAAGAAGAAAAAAAGGCUGCACUAACAAUCAUUUCAAAAUCCCCAUUUCAAUUUUUCACCUCUUUCUCUCUCCUCUAUUUCCAAAUCCUUCAAUUCUUUCUCUCUCAUCAUCAUCUUCUUCUUCUUCUUCCUCUGUUUUUAUUUCUCAUUCGAAUUUCAUUCUCAGCUUCUCUAUACAGAGAGAGCGAAAAGAGAUGUUGAAUCCGGCCAACGAUCUGUUACCGCCGCCGUCUUCUCCCACCAAUUCAUCCAUUUCCUCCUCCGAUCUCGACACUGAGUCUACGGGUUCGUUCUUCCAUGACCGGAGCACGAGCUUAGGGACUCUAAUGGGGGUCAGCUUCCCGGCGAUUACUUUCCGAGUCCCUUCCCAGAACAGAGAUCAACACACCGCCGCGACGGUCACCGCAGGCGGAGGUUCUCGUAAGAGUAAGAAGACAAAGAGGAAAACGACGACAGCGCCGGCACUGGUUGCAGAUCGGAAACGAAGGUGGUGGAGACUAUGUAGGGAUGACGGCGUCAAGCCGGCGUCUUUGGGCGAGUUUCUCGAAGUGGAACGAAGAUUUGGGGAUGGUGCCUUCUACGGCAACGCGGUGGAUCUGGAAGGCGUGGUUACGGCAGAUCAACAGAGGAAUGGUCGUUCUUUAUUCGCCGAUGGAAGAGUUCUUCCACCGGCGCAAACGGAGGAAGACACGUCAGCGACCGGCGCUUUAUGCCGAUUUUCCGUAUCGCUAACCGGGAUUUGCAGCGGCGGUGCCGGCUAAAAUGUGGGAUUUGAUUUGUUAAUUAUAUUUUAAAUAUUACAUUAUAUUUAAUUAAUCAAAUGCUUUUAAUUAAUGUGGAAGAAAAAAAAGAAGAAAAAAAAUGUCACCUUUAUUGUGUAGGUGACCCCUCUUUUUCUUUUUCUUUAUUUUUUCCUUUUAA